AUGGCUGCGCAAGAUUAUCGACGCGCCGGUCUGCCAGCUCCCGUGGUCGACUUCGGCAUUUACAAGGCUACGAUGUUCUGGGGAAACGAGAAGAGCAAUCGUUCGCUGGGCAAGAUGGCUGAGCGAUACACUGUCUGGCUGAAGCUGGACGAUGACACGAUCGUCGAGGACGUCAUCGAUUGGCGAGCAGCCGGCGCGGGCCGCAACUGUUACUUCUUCCGAGAUCAUCCUCUCGCACUGAAACUCUUCGCAGAUGACACGCAGCAGUGGAAUCAUAACCAGAUGGAACAGGAAGCCUUGUGUGAAUGGCUGCCGCGGCUGCCGCAGCAUCUGUCUCCCUUUUUUGGCCGGUACGUGAUGUGUCAUGACGGGGAAAAGCAUCGUCUGGACGCCAUACUGGUUGGCAAGCUGGGUCCUACCCUGAGGACAAUCUUGACUGACAUCAGUGACGACGUAGAGGAUCCUAUCAUGGAAUACGUCAAUGAGCGGACAAUGAAAAGGCAAGCUCGGAAACAUUUCUUGGAGGUUGUCUGUGCCUGCGAACGUGCCUUUCACGCUGGCCUGAUGUUCUACGCCAACCUGCACAUGGACAAAAUUUGCCUGGACGAGGUUACCCAGCAGUGGAUCUUUAUUGAUCUGGAGAUAUUCCAAAAGGUGCCUCCUCACUUCACGUUUCGGCUAGCGUUGCAAACAGCCGCGAAGUUCCUACUCCGGGGGUUCCUGCAUUGA